AUGAAUUUAUUAUUCAUAAUAGGUAUUUUAUUUUCUUUAUUCUUUUCAAAUAUAAUUCUAUUACCAUUACCAUUCAAUCAAUAUGCUUAUAUGCUUGCACGAGAACAAAUUAAACAACAUGAUAGAGCUGUACAAGCUCAAAAUAAUUUAAAUUCAAAAGAGAAAAUUGUUAAUUUAUAUUUAGAAUUAUUACAAGUUAAAGAAUAUGUUAAUACUAAAACAUAUUUUUAUCCAUCACGUCCAAUUGAAACAGCAAUUGAAAAUAUAACAAAAAGUUCAUUUUAUCAAUUUUUACAAUUAUUACCUAAAGGAGGAAAUUUACAUAUACAUGAAUUUCAAAUUCUUGAUCGAAAAUUAUUUCUUGAAUCUAUAAAAAAUUCUCCUGAAUAUGAUUUAUUAUAUAUUUGUGAUCAAAAUGAUUGUAUAAAAAAUAAAUAUUAUUUAAGUUAUUAUAAAAACAAUGUUCCUAAUGGUUGGACAAAAGUAAAAGAUUCUAAUUGGACUAUUUCAGAUAUUAUUAAGAAAACAACUUUAAUUGGAAUUUUAAAUGAUCUUAAAACACCAAUAUAUUCUACUGAUACAGAAGCUCGAUGGAAUUUGGCUGAUCAAUAUGGAGUUUUCAAUUUUUAUGGAGAUUUAAUAAGACAUAAUGUUACAAGAUUUAAUUAUAUGAAAUUAGUUUUAGAUCAUGCACUUGAAGAAAAUAUUCAAUUAUUAGAAUUUCGACGAGGAUUUUUUGGAAAUUUAUUUUAUUUUGAUGAAAAUGGUUUAAGAAUAUCAAUAAAUGCAACUGAAGAAUUAGAUUUAUUAUUGAAAUUUAAAAAAGAUUAUAUAUCAAAAAAUCCUAAAUUUAUUGAUUUUAUAUUUUUAAUUUAUAGUUCAAGACAAUCAUCAAAAGAACAAAUAAAAAUUCAUAUUAAUAAUUUAAUUAAUCUUCAACAUUUAUAUCCAGAUUUUAUUCGUGGAUAUGAUAUGGUUGGUGAAGAAGAUAAAGGUCAUACAAUUUUAUUUCAUAGUGAUAGUCUUAUAAAUGCAUUUAAUUAUUCAAAAACAACUAAUGGAUCAUUUGAUUUAGUUUUUCAUGCUGGUGAAACAAAUUGGCCUGAAAAUCAUCUUCCAUCAAAUUAUGGUGAUGGUGUAUCAACAUUUGAAAAUAUUUAUGAUGCACUUGUACUUCGAACACGUCGUAUUGGUCAUGGACUUAGUUUAGCUAAACGUCCAGAUAUGUAUGAAUAUAUUCGUCAACGUCAAAUAGCAAUUGAAGUUUGUCCAGCAAGUAAUCAACUAUUAGGUUAUGUUGCUGAUCUUCGUAAUCAUCCAGGAAUUGUUUAUCAUCGAAGUGGAAUUCCAAUUGUAUUAGGUGGUGAUGAUCCAGGAAGUUUUGGUUAUAAUCAAUUAACAAUAGAUUUUUAUUUGGCAACAAUGGCAUGGGGUUUAAAUCUUGCUGAUUUAAAACAAUUUGCAUGGAAUUCUAUUCAAUAUAGUUCACUUCCAGAUAAUAGAAAAAAAGAAGGAUUUCAAAAAUGGGAAAAUCAAUGGAAUUUAUUUAUUGAUUCUUCAUAUAUAUUAGCAUGUAAUCAAACAUUUUCUAAUGUAAUUAUGAAUAUAUCUGAUAUAUUACCUACCUAUGGUCCAUAUAAUCAAUCUAUUAAUAUAACACUUUUUGGAUCAGGAUUUGAAAUAGCAAUAUGUAAAAAUAUAAUUUGUAAAUUUGGUGAAAAAGAAACGAAUGGAAUAUUUAUUGAUUUAAAUGAAAUUAUUUGUCCAACACCUUUGACAAAUAAUGAUAUUUCGAUUGUACCGAUUUCCAUUGUAAUUAAUAAUGAAAUAUUUGAAUCAGGGCUUAACUAUAAAUUUGUUUCUUCGUUAAUAAUUAUUGAUGAUGAAACUUUAACUACAACUACUCCAUCGAAAAGUGAUAAAUUUGUGAUAGUUAAUCAAAAAUUGAUCGCUGGUUUAUUAAUAUUACUUUUGACAUUUAUACUGUAG